AUGUUCCUGACAAUGACCAUGGCACUCACAGCGACUGUGAUGAUUGGAUUUGGACAUCCUUUUCCUCUGAUGAAUCACUCAAAACUUGAGUUAGAAAGCAGCAUUCCCGUUAAUGCAUCAUUAUGGAACAAGACUUUAGACACUUCAAACUAUACUGACGUGUACAUGAACAAUGUCACAAGCAACGAAACGGAGACUACAUCCUCGCAAGAGACGGUGGACAGGAACGAAACUCUUGUUUUUAUGUUUUCGCCGGAUGGCUGCCCCCUCCCCACCUGCCUGACUGUCAACCUGGUGUCUUCUCUUCAAACUGGAGAUGAGAGGGCUGGCAAAGCCACGGACAAUAUUCAAACAAAAGUGGUCUUCGCCUGUUCCUACAGUCUGUGUGCAGUUGUUGAACUGGUCGAUAGGCUCAACGAAGGAGGGGAUGAAGUGGCAGGACACACCGCCAGACAUUCUCUGGGUCCUGGAAAGUAA